UUUUUUUUCAUUUCGAGGAUGCUUAGUCGCGGCAUGAGAGUUUUUCCUUCUCACUUGUAUGUAUAUACGGUGUAGCUUUGCCAUGGCACUCCUCUAAUUUGCAUUCAUUCUCCUGGUAUCCAUCUUCGUGCCAGAUAUUUCCUCUUGGAGAAAUGGUUCUAUCAUCCUUGAGAAGCCGACUCUUUUCUCGGCAACCGGAGGGUAAUAUUACCCCCGCAUCCUCCGAUCAUGAGAAGGAUGGGACAGCAUCGAGUGUCACUGGUACCGACGAAAUCAGCAGGUCCAUCGAGGAACCUGGCAAUUCAACUGAGAAGAUCAGUCCCGAGACAAACAUCAAAGAUUCUACACCUGUUGUUGAGACAUCCCCUCUGGACAUUGAAAAAGCGACACCGACAUCAGGGAAAUUUGGUGAUGAUGACCCCCUUCUCAAAGAUAUCCCUUGGCAAGUUCGUCGAAUUGUCAGUCUCGAGGAUGAUCCUACCGAACCGACAAUCACAUUCCGUUACUUCCUUUUGACACUUAUAUUUGUUGCACCAGGAGCUUUCUUAUCACAGAUGAGUUCAUUCCGCACGACAUCCGCUCCAUACUCUGUCUUUUUCGUCCAAAUUUGCUCCAACUAUGUCGGUGCUUGGCUAGCGAAGAUUCUUCCAGCCAGGACCAUACAUUUACCAUUCGGAAGAAGUUUCAGUUUAAAUCCAGGUCCAUGGGGAACGAAAGAACAUGUAUUGGUUACCAUUUCUGCAGCAUCUGGCGCCACUUACAAUUUAGCAUACACCCCGGUCUCCAUUGCUGAGCUCUACUUUGGGGUGACCAUUCAUCCAGCCAUUGCCAUAUUCUUCAUGUGGAGUGUAGUAUACAUUGGAUAUUCUUUUGCGGCGAUUGCCAGGCAAUUCUUGCUCUAUGACCCCAUGUACCCGUGGUAUCAAGCGUAAGUGCAAGACUUUGUAUCCCCUGCAAUGCCACUUUUUCGGCACCACUCCUAUCUCAACUCAGCUUUUGAGAUUAGGCGUAGUGGGAAGGUGUAAUGAAUGACCGUCGCUAAUUUCCUGAUUCAAACAGACUCUGUCAGACUGCUCUCUUUGAAACUCAAAGGAAGCAGAGACAGCAUCCAUCCCCUGUGUCCAAGAAACAAAUGAGAGUGUUCUUCGGCGUUCUCGCAGGUAUCACCUUGUGGCAAUUUCUACCAGAAUUUGUGUUUCCAAUGCUUGGGUCCUUGGCAUUCCUCUGUUGGGUUGCCCCAGAGAACAAGGUUGCAAAUUUUAUGGGGUCAGGCCUGGGAGGAAUGGGUUUCCUAAACCUCACACUCGAUUGGUCAAGCAUUGCGAGUUUGAGUAACUCCAACAGCUUGUUUGUAACUCCGUGGUGGACUCAAGUCAUCAUUUUCCUGGCAUUUGUUGUAAACUGCUGGAUAUUACUUCCAGCUGCGAAAUGGGGAAACCUGUCCUCUUGGAAGCCCGAAUUGAUGUCCAAUCGUCUGUUCAUGGGUAUGAUACACCCUCCACAUGUUUCCCGUUGUCAAGUACUAACAAAGUCUUUCAGAAAAUGGGACUCGUUAUCCUACCACUGAGCUCAUUACUCCCCAAGCUACAUUCAACGAAACAGCCUAUGCUGAAUAUGGGCCCAUAUAUGUUGGCGCUCAACAGCUAUGGAAUAUGUUCUUUGAUUACGCUGCUUACACCUCCGGAAUUAGUUGGAUUUGUUUCUUUGGUUUCACACAAAUCAAAGACACCAUUAGCAAACUGAAUGCUCGACGUAAGAAUAAAGUUGAAGGAGAGACUAUCAAUCACCAAUAUGGAGAUCAACUAAAUAUCCUCCAACGUUCUUACAAAGAAGUUCCAUGGUGGUGGUCUUUAAUCCUCUUCCUUGUCACCUUCGUUGUCAUGAUGGCCAUCCUUGGUACUGGACACCUCUUUAUUCCCCUGUGGACAUACUUCAUUGCCGUCCUCACUGGUGUUGUGGUUGUCAUCCCGCUUGGUUGGUUAUACGCCUUAUCCAAUUUCCAACUCCCAAUUGGUACAUUCAAUGAAUUGCUGUACGGAUUGAUGGUGAACACGGUCGAUGGACACAAGAAUCCUACUGGUGCAUCAGUCUAUUCAUCCCUCGCGGGUGACGCAUGGUAUCGUGCACAACUCAUGCUGCAAGACCAGAAAAUUGGCCAUUAUAUGCAUAUUCCUCCUCGAGACACCUUCUUUGCGCAGGUUUUUGGUUGUUUCAUCGGUAUUCCAAUCAAUUAUGGUGUUGUAAGAUGGGUCCUUAAUACCAAAGCGGCAUAUCUGAGCGGUGCGGAAACAGACCCAACACAUCAAUGGACGGGUCAAGGCCUUGCUAGUACCUUGACAACUAGCACACAAUAUGUUCUUAUUGGACCCCGUCGCCUUUUCGAGUUACCUAUUUUCAAACCCCUUCCAUACGGAUUCCUCGUCGGUGCCGUCGCUCCAGCUAUCAUAUAUCUCCUUCAUCGCCGCUUCCCCAAGGCCAAGUUUCACUUAUUCAACACCACUAUUUUCUUUUCCGGUCUUUCCAAUUUCUAUGGCAACAUAUCUACCGGAUAUACUUCUUCCAUCAUUGGUGGUUUCAUUGUCUCUUAUUGGGCAUAUAGAUAUAGGUAUGAGCUUUGGGCGAGAUACAACUAUGUCCUUGCCGCCGCCUUUGAUGCAGGAUUUAAUUUGAAUAUGUUGUUGAUUUUCUUGUUCUUUGGUGCAGGCAAGAUCGUCACUAUGCCAAACUGGUGGGGCAACAAUGCGGAUAGUGUGGAUAGAUGUUUUGCUUUGGAGUAAUCACGGAAAUGAUGUUCUGGUUAAUGAAUAUGAAAAGCCAGUGAAAGAUUUUAUGUGCUACGAAACUCAGUUCGAGAUAAUGAUAAUGAAAAUAUGGCUGACAAUUGUCAUGAUCUUCGUGUCAAAGUCUAGUAGUAUACUUGCCAGAGUCUAUUUCCAGCUACUUUUGAAAUGUAUUCAUGAUACCGUUUAUUUGAAAUUGGUCCAUGGCUGGUAUUGUUAAUGUUCUUAUCUGGCUAACCCAGUGGUCUUGAUGUUUCCUCCCCAGCGCUCCGUUC